UUGUGUCCGGACUGAAACCUGAGUCCGGGUGCCAUGUGUCAGAGCAGCGGCUGUAAACAGAGUCUGUCCCCGGGAAACUGAGCUGUUUUAGCCCCAAAAAUGAGUCUGUUACCCCGCAGCGCGGAGGAGUUCAGCUCCGCGGAGUUCUGGGAGAAGUUCUUUAAGAAGAGAGGAGAGAAAGCGUUUGAGUGGUACGGAGACUACAACAGUCUGUGCGGGCUCGUGCACAGGUACAUCAAAGUCCCGGAUCAGGUUUUGGUGGUCGGUUGUGGAAACUCUGAGCUGAGUGAGCAGCUGUACGAUGUCGGCUACAAACACCUGACUAACAUCGACAUCAGCGAGACGGUGGUGACGCACAUGAAUCAGAGGAACGUAGAGCGCCGGCCCGGCCUCACCUUCCAGCAGGUCGACGCUACAAAGACUCCGUACGAGGAUGGCAGCUUCCAGGCGGCUCUGGAUAAGGGCACGCUGGACGCCAUGGCGUCAGAAGAGGAGGGGAGUCUGGCCAGGAACAUGCUCACUGAGGUGUGCCGUGUGCUGAGUGUGGGCGGGCGCUACGUCUGUGUGACUCUGGCUCAGGAGAGCGUGAUCCGGCUGGCUGUGGAGCACUUUGUUCAGCAGGGCUGGGCGGUUAGGCUGCACUGCCUGCAGGAGGAACGUGGGAAAGAGGAGGACUCCUUCGCUCUGCCUGUCUUUGUUCUGGUCUGCACCAAGUUUAGACAGCCGAUGCCCUCCCCGCUCCUGGAGAUGUGUGUGGGGGAGGACGGAGCUCCCGCUCGGCUCUCACAGGUAGCAGAGCUGUUGUCAGCCGUGAGGGAGCAUCAGGCGUACGCUGUCCUGAGAAAGAGGCUCAGAACAGGCACGGACGCCUGCUCAAACCUCUCCCUCACACUCUGCCACAUUACGACCGGCCUCCCCAGAUACACACUCACAGUACAGGACUGCCCCCCUGCAGCCAAGAUGCCCAGAUCAAACCAGUUUGCUAUUUUUAUUGUUCCUCAGGGCAGUGAGACGGCGUGGCUAUACAGCUCCAUUGAGGGCAGGAGGCAGCUAGCAGCCAGUGCUAACUUCAGGCGCCUGGUUAUUGUGGCGAUGCACAGGAAUCAGGAGUACACAGACAUGCAGGCCGUCCAGUCAGAACUGUCCCCCAUGGUGAUGGACCUGGCACCUCCGGGCAUGCCUGCCAACCAGCAGGUGCCGUUCCUGUCUGUCGGAGGAGACCUGGGUUGGCGGGAGGAGGAGCAGGGGCUGAGUGAGCUGAGUGGGGAAUACUGCGUGGAGAACGUCAGAGGAGAAGAUGGAGAACUGUACAGGAGACUCGUUUUUCUCUCUAACACUGCCCUUGUCCAAUCAGAAAGCCGUCUGGUCCCUUCAAAUACUGCAUCAGGUAACAAGAAGAAAAACAAAAAAAAGGUGAAGCAGACGGUGGCUCCAUCCUGUACCUCCUCACUGUUAGUGGACAGCGGCUUCCUCUGUUGCGCUCACCAUGAGGUGAUGGUGUGUGGCCUCGCCAUGCUGGGGGUGGGAACGCCACAGUACAAAGACGGACCUGUGUCGGUGCUGCUGGUGGGGCUGGGUGGAGGAGGCCUGCCUCAGUUCCUGCGGGACUUUGUGCCAAACGUCUGUGUGGAGGUGGUGGAGCUGGACCCUGUCGUGUUGGAGGUGGCGAAGGAAUGGUUCGGGUUCAGGCCAGAUGAUCGGUUGACGGUCACUCUGGGAGACGGCCUUGAACGCAUCACUGCCCUGCAAGAAGAAGGUGCUCAUUUGUUUGACGUUAUCAUGUUCGAUGUGGACAAUAAGGACAGCUCUGUGGGGAUGAGCUGUCCACCUGCUGCCUUUGUAGAAACGCCAAUUCUGCAGAAAGUCCGCUCACUGCUGACACCCAGAGGUGUGUUCACACUGAACCUGGUGUGUCGGGACUCGGUUUUGAGGAAAACGGUGUUGGAGCGAGUGAGCGCCGUGUUUCCCACCAUCCUCUCCAGAAACAUCGAGGGAGAAGUCAAUGAAGUUCUCCUGUGCUCUCCCGGAGAAAAGGAAAUGUCGGACGCCGCUCGCAUCCUUCCAUCGUUGAAGCAGGCGGGUCAGAGUCUGCAGGUCGCUUUGAGCUCUGACAAGUCCGGGAGCAGCAGGAGGCCUCAUAUAAACAUUUCUGAGCUGCUGAAGGACAUGAAAAUAGAGUGAAGUUUGGUUGAGAAAGAGGGGAAUCAUGUCUAAGGACUGAAUUAUGAGGGUCUUUGACUGGGGCGUCUCCAGGAUUUCUGGGCCCCAUCAACAGAUCUCACAUUGGGCCCCUCCACCACAGCCUCAGUCAACCCUGACAUUUUACUUUAACCACACCGCCGUAACACGAAUGACCCGUUAAAGGUUUAAAUUAAGGUGGACAACAUUUUCUUCAUUUAGCACAUUUGUAUCCCACGCAUUUUUAAAACGACAUCAUCUCUUUUAUUUUAAUGAUGGACACUAUCAAAGCUAUGCCUAUUUCAUUAGACAGGUGAAUAAGAGGAAAAAUGAAUUUAACAAAAAUUGCAGGCAAAAUCCUGCAAACUGUCUGAAUUUCACAAAAACAUUGGCAACAAUUACUGAAACGUGGCAACGUAUUUGUGCACUGUAGACCGUGUGGAGGAGUUUUCUUGAAAUGUUUAUGAAUUAAAAAGAACAAAUCCAAACCAGA